AUGAUGAAUGUCUUGCUGUCGCCACAACCUCACCUCCUCCCUCAUCAGCACGACUCCGCCCGCCGCUCCCCUUCUCGCUCCGGCAGCCCCUUUCACAACAUGACCAGCACCCGCAAGAGGAAGGCCGACGAGGAUGGCGAUGAGAUGUCCAUGUCCCCUCGCAGCUCACCUGCAUUCUCCGCCCGACAACUCUCUCGCCCUUCGAAGAAGGUCCGCUCGAACGAACUUGUUGGUCGCCAGCUCAGCCUACCCAGACUGCUUGAGACUCUGGAUCCCACUCAACUACGAACCGUCCUUGAGCGCAUCUGCGAGCGACACCCGGAUAUCGGCCAGGAGGUUGUUGCCGGCGCCCCUCGACCUACGGUUGCUGCCGCGCAGGGCGUGCUGCAAGAGUAUGUGGCCAAGAUGAAGGAAGCCAUGCCCUACGGAGAGUCCAGCGCCGAAUACACAUACUAUCGAGUCAAGGCUCCCUUGACGGCCCUCAUCGAGGCUCUUCUCGACUUCACGCCCCAAUACCUCCCCCCCAUCGAGACGCAAACCACCGUGUCUCUGGAAUACCUCGACCUCGCCACCGACAUCAUCCACGGCCUGCCCGACUGGGAACUUCAGCAAUACCGACACCACAAGGACGCUGCCUACGAUGAGAUCUCCAAGGCCUGGGCGUUGGUAAUCAACGAGGCCGCCAAGCGCGGAGGAGGCCUCAACCUGCACUCUGGCGGUUGGGACCAGAAGUUGGCUAAGCACAAUGAGAUCUCUCAAGGGCGGAUGGGCACUGCCAUGAAUGCUAUGGCUACCGGCGUAGGGUGGAUGGGCAACGGCAACUCCAGCGGCGCUCCUUCGAACCCAAACUCGAUCCUGAACCAACUGAUGUCUGGCACGUACGGGGCGCCCGUCCGUGUAGGACCAUGGUAA